UCUAUUGCUUUUUUAUUGCCCCCACUAUAUCCCGUUUUUCUUUUACUUCAUGUUUUAUCUAUUUAUUUCCGUUUAUUCUUUUUUUGCUGUUGGCCAACCCCAGAGCUAAUCUCUUGUUUGGAUGUCUGGCCCCUUGGGCGUUUAUGUGUUUUUGUUUAGAUGGCCAGUGGGAACAUGGGGCUUUGUUUGCAGUACUAAGAUCUGCUACACCAGGGUUAAAAAGAAGGGCAGGGCGGGAAGCCGGCCGUUGAAGACAAUUGAUCCUCUUACAGUGGAACGGGCCGGAGGGAGCAAGGCGUUGAAUUCUGUUUUUCUUCCUUUUUUCGAUGUGUUUGUUUGUUUGUUUGUUGCUCCCUCUGGCGGUGUACAGCAGUGGAUCUUUUGGUGGAUGGUACGAACGGGAUGGUUGGAUGAAAGAAAUACCUAAUCCCUGGUAUUAUGCCAGGCAGGCCUUGAUGUCUUUUUUCUGGCCAGAAACGAAUUGUGACAGUAGUUAGUCGCGUCAAUGAUAGUGAUUCUACCGU